UGCCCGCAGCUGGAGAAAAAGGAAAGACUGGUGGCGGGAAGUUUUCAUUGGCGAGCGCCUGAAAAGUAAAAACGUUUGGAUCUCCAAUUUUAGAAUGGCAUCCAUUUCAGGAACUGCCAUAUUAUUUUCCAUACUCACUGUUCCAUUUUACAUUCCCACCAGCAAUGCAAAAGGGUUCCAAGGCAUGAUACCUUUUUGAUAGAAUUAUAGGAACCUAAGAAAUCACAUAGUAGAAAAUAUAAAUCACUCCAGAUCCUUCUACUCAAAUGAAUACUGUAAUAUAUAGAUGUAUUAUUUUUCAACAAAUAUUUUUAGUUUGCAAAGAGUUUUUAUUAUUUUUUAAUGAAGUACAAUUAAUAUAUGUUAUAUUAGUUUCAGGAGUACAACAUAUUCCCCAAUUCUAUCCAUUAAUCAGGAAUGCAAAAACAAACUGCAGCCUGUGACGAUGAAUCCUGUUCUUAACAGAACUUGUAUUAGUCUCACUGCCUCAAAGUCUCCAAUUUGAAUGAUGCAGGAGACCUGCCAAAGAGCUGGUGUACUUGCCCAUGGAGUUGCAUACUGUUGGGCUGAGGAUGUAGAGAAGCUGAAGGAGAACCAACAGGGUCUGGGAUCUGCAAGCUCUGCUCUUUCCCCAAGGAUAUCUAGCAGCAGCCAGAGUUGUGGACCCAGCGCUGCCCUAUGCCAGUGAGGUCACCAGGCCCGACCUUACACUAAUGUUUUUAAAUUUGGAAAAUAAGCCCACUGUUUCAUUUCUGCCCUCCAAAUCUUUGGCUGCCCAACAAAACAUAGCUGAUCCCCUCCCCAAAGGGGGCACGUAUUCUUGUUAUUCGUCUUUGGAUGAUGCUCCUUCCUCCUCUUGCUCAAUCACAUCCAUCUUGGUAAUCCUCUAACUUAAAUCCUGAGAUACGAAGUCAGCUACUAUUAACAUUUUAUUUUAGACAUUGGGAGAAUAGGAAAAGGGACCUAAAAUUAUGUACAUCCAUGCAUACAUACCUACCACCAACAUCAAAAGAAUAAGGAAGAAAUGCUUAAUAGUAAUUACAGUCCUGUUUCUCAUCUGGUCACGUGGUCAUUAGAUGUUAUUUUAUAACUGUCUUCUUCAGUUUCCCAUUCCUUAUUCCUUUGCGCUCAGCAGGCACCUCAUCUCGCCACAAAUGUGUGGACUUGCCUUAGCAGUUUGCUUGUAUUUGGCUUUUGAGGGGACAUGGGAAUACCAGAAGGUACCCUAGAGGAUCCCCUACAUUUCAGACCUACUCCUCCUUACUUCAGUAGUGUCACAGCAGUCCUAUUUCUCUUGAGUAGUGAGAAAUACUCACCCCAGACAGUACAGUAACCUUCUUCUUUGCCUGUUGAUUUACUGGCAUAAGAAACUCAAAGUAGUCAAGAGGCAGUCCACUUCCAUUUAAAUGGAGCCAUUGCUUUUUCCCCUGGCAGAAGCUUUGCUUCCUUGCUAAGACCUCUAAACCAGCAAAGUUCAAAGUUUCAGGGAUGAGAAGCAAACAUUUCACUAGUGGAUCACUAGGAGGUAAUAGUAAAAGGAGCCACUCCCAUUUCUACCCCGAUUCCUCAGCCCAAGAAUCCUGUCUGUGGUGGGGUGCCUGGAUGGCUCAGUCGUUAAGCGUCUGCCUUCGGCUCAGGGUGUGAUCCCAGAGUCCUGGGAUCGAGCCCCGCAUUAGGCUCCUCUGCUGGGAGCCGCUUCUUCCUUUCCCACUCCCCCUGUCCGUGUUCCCUCUCUUGCUGGCUGUCUCUCUCUCUGUCAAAUAAAUAAAUAAAAUCUUUAAAAAAAAAAAAUCCUGUCUGUGGGACAAACAGCACCAUUCACUGUUUUGGUAGGUAAGGGCAGUUAUAUUGGCUUCCACUUGGUCUUUUCUUCCAUAAUAGUCCUUACUUAUAGGCCAGGGGACCAAUAUGUGGAUUCAGUUAGUUGCUGAGAGCCACUCCUGGCUCUAAUGAUACAACCUGGAACUGUGGAAAUAACCACAGAGUGGGUUAGCAGACCUCCUGAGCCCACUGUGUGAUGGACCUGAGCAACACUGCACUGGUUACGGGACUUGUAUAAAUCCAGUCCCUGUUCUGACUGGUAGAUCACCAGUCGUCUGGGAACUAUCAGUUCAGGUUAAUGUCCAAUAAUUUCUAAGAAGUUAUUUUCCUUUCCCCAGUACACAAUUACCCUGAUAAAUUACUCUGGAGAACACUAGUGUAAAGAUUUACUACAUAAAUUUUUAGUUGUAUAAUAGAGUCCUUCCUUAAAGCGCUCCAACCUCUACUAUAUUCAAGGGACUCUGGAUCUAUAAAUUGACUCAUUUCUGGGAACUGGUUGAAGCCUGUCACUUGUAGUAAUUCAAGUCAGGCUUAUGUUUAUUAGAAUCAGGGCUUUGUAUUCGGAUUUUUAAAUCAAGUAAUCUGAGUUCUCUGUGGUUCAGACUAUUCUGAUUACUACUUCUGCUCUCUUGCCUAUUAUGGUAACCAUAUGUACCUUUUCUUUGGUCGUGAACUGAAUUGCUACCAUUAACUACCAUACCUUGGAAUCCAUCAUUCUCAUUGAUUCAGUUAGUCUAGUUCAAAGGCAGUACUUCCCCCACUGUCAUUCCUAGCUUACAGCCACAGAGAACAGCCUCUAAGAGCUCUUUAGGGAUGCCAGAGGGACCCCCCCCAUGAAUAUAUUUCUCAGUUUUGGUGAAGGGAGUGUCCUCUGGAUCUUCCUGGGGGACAGCAGGAGAGUAGAUGGUCAGUCUACCUGAUAAUCUCCUCUAGCAUUACCAUCUCCCGUAGCCUCUGAAUCCCCUCCUUUAGUGUAUACAUCUCCUAGCUUCAUACUUUUCUUCUGCACCUUCCUCAACUUUCAGAGCCUUCAUAGAAUUGAAGAGAGUUAGGGCCUUGCUCCAGAGUAGGCUUUGGCUUAGGGGAAUGUUGUGGCUGGUUUGAUCUUCUAUCCAGACUACUAAACCUCUCUCCAUGUCAGCGUUAAGGCUGUUUUGCUUUCUUACCUUUCACGUGUUCACUGGAGUAGCAUUUUUAAUUUCCCUCCAGAACCUUGCCCUUGGAUUCACAACUCAGCUAACUGGCUCAAGAGACCUAGCUUUCAGCCUGUCUUGGCUUUUGACAUGGCUUCCUCACUAAGCUUAAUCACUUCUUGUUUUUUAUUUAAAAUGAGAGACAGGCAACUCUUCCCUUCAUUUGAACAGUUAGAGGCCAUUGUAGGGUAGCUUAACUGGCCUGAUUUCAGUAUAGACGUGUCUAAGGGAAUAGGGAGGCCCAUGGGAAAGACUGGGGAAUGGCUGGUUGGUGGUCCUCUUUUAUUGUUUGCUGUCCUAUAUAGGUGUAGUUUGUGGUUCCCCAAAGCAAUUACAAUAGUAGUAUCAAAGAGUACCGAUCACAGAUUACCAUAAAAGUUGUAAUAAUAAUGAAAAUGCUUCAGAUAUUGAAAAAAUUGCCAAAAUGUGACAUAGAGACAUGGAGUGAGCAAAGACUGUUAGUAAAAUGGCACCCACAGACAAGCAUAACACAGGUUGCCAUAAACUUUCAAUUUCUUAAGAAGUUCAAUAUCUUUAAAAUGCAGUAAAGUGGGGGUGCCUGGGUGGCUCAGUGGUUAAGUGUCUGCCUUCGGCUCAGGGCGUGAUCCCAGAGUCCUGGGAUCGAACCCCGCAUCGGGCUCCCUGCUCCGCUGGAAAGCCUGCUUCUUCCUCUCCCACUCCCCCUGCUGUGUUCUCUCUCUCGCUGGCUGUCUCUCUGUCAAAUAAAUAAAUAAAAUCUUAAAAAAAAAUGCAGUAAAGCAAAGCACAAUAAAAUAAGGAAUUCUUAUAUAUAUUGACAAAUGCAACUCUUGGUGUGUUUUAUGUUUUUUUAUGCAUCACACUUUUGUACAUCAUUCUCUGGGGCUUUCUAGGUCUUGAAGCACUGAGAGGUGGCAGGGCAGAUUCUUAGGGGGGCUUAGCAAUCCUUUUCGAGGCAAGACCAUCACAGGCAUUCAGAUGGGGGAAGCUGUCUGAGAAAGAGGAGGAAGGGCAAGAGAGACUUGACAGAAUUUAGUGGGUUAAGGUCCCCUGCCUCCUUCAUUGUAUCUGCACAGAUGUUUUACCUUCGCAAUUGCAGAGUCUCACUUCUUUCUAAUCAGUGCCCUAACUUUGACAUAAGAGUCUGUGCAAGGCUGGGAAUUUGAUUUGCAUUGUAAUUCAGCCACCUGCAGAACGUUGGUGUUCAGUAAUCUCGGCCCGGUAGCUACAGGAGAUAAGGGGUUCUUUGAGGACAGUCAUAGAGACUUUGAUGUCCCUUUAUGGAGAUCCUGCAUUUCUCUCAGGUUCUUCAGCAUAUUUAGGAGCAGCCAAUCAACCCCAUUAUUCUCACAAAAAUGUUCUGUGACAGCAAACACUUGGUUACCCAGAGCCUUUCGCUCUCUAGAUACUUGAUUACUGGUGUCUAGAUUAUAAUUUACAUAAUUUUGUCUACUGCGUGCCAUGGAAUACCACUGUCCCUUUUACGACUGCAGGCAAGGGUCAUUAAUGCCUUUAAAUCUUUAAAUCAGAGACUAUUCUAGGUGGCAUAGAAGCAAUAUAGAGAACCUACUUUUAAGUUUCUUUUCCUCUGGAACAACAUUUGGUGUUGGUUGGAGUUCACUCAGAGAAGCUCAAUCAUUAUGAGUGAUAUAAGGGAUUUAUUAUAGGAAUUAGUUCCUACAUGAUUGUGGGAUGUGGUUAAGCAGUCCAUUACUGGUCCUGAAGUCAAGUAGGGACAGGAAGAUGGAGAGUGAGUGUGGGAGGAUAAAGAAGAGCUGAAACCAAUGAAGACAAACUGGAACCCAUCUGUCUCUCACUUGGCCUCGUGUUGGUGAGUCAUUGCCUCCAAGGCUCUGACUUCCAGGAUGCUCACGCCCUGCAGAAGAGCUGGUGCACUUGCCAUAGAAAAUUGUACAAGAUUGUGUCCAGUGAUGCCGGGAAGCUGAAGAAGCUGCGGGCCAACCUGCUGUGCCAAAGAGAUUCAGCAGGAGAUGGAGGAAUUGGCUUCUGCCCUUUGCCGAGAAGAUCUAACUGAAGAAUUGGAUUCUGUAACCAAUGAGCUACAUGCAGUAGACGUUCAAAUUCAGGAACUUCUGGAAAGGCAACAAGAGCUUAUUCAGAAAAAGAAUACCCUAACAAGCCGAAUAAAGCAGCAUUUAGAGGCUUCUGAUGCCGGGGAAAGCAGUGAAUGGGAUUCUUCACCCGGUGCUUGGAGUAAAGAAGAUUUUCCCUGGUCUGGUAAAGUUAAAGAUGUUCUGCAAACUGUCUUUAAACUGCAGAGGUUCAGACUGCUUCAGCUUGAAACUAUUAAUGUAACAAUGUCUGGAAAGGACGUAUUUCUUGUUAUGCCUACAGGAGGUGGAAAGAGCUUAUGCUACCAGUUACCAGCAUUAUGUUCGGAUGGUUUUACCCUUGUGAUUUGCCCAUUGAUCUCUCUUAUGGAGGACCAGUUGAUGGUUUUAAAACAAUUAGGAAUUUCAGCUACCACGUUAAAUGCUUCUAGUUCUAAGGAGCAUGUGAAAUGGGUUCAUGCUGAAAUGGUAAAUAAAAGCUCCAAGCUAAAGCUAAUUUAUGUGACCCCAGAGAAAAUCGCAAAAAGCAAAAUGUUCAUGUCGAGACUAGAGAAAGCCUAUGAAGCAAAGAGAUUUACCCGGAUUGCUGUGGAUGAAGUUCACUGCUGUAGCCACUGGGGACAUGAUUUCAGACCCGAUUAUAAGGCACUUGGUAUCUUGAAGCGGCAGUUCCCUAACACAGCGCUAAUGGGGCUGACGGCAACCGCGACAAGCCAUGUUCUGAAGGAUGCCCAGAAAAUACUGUGUGUGGAAAAGUGUUUUACUUUCACAGCUUCUUUUAAUCGGCCGAAUCUUUAUUAUGAGAUUCGGCAGAAGCCCUCCAACACCGAAGAUUUUAUCGAGGAUAUUGUAAAGCUCAUUAAUGGGAGAUACAAAGGGCAAUCAGGAAUUAUAUAUUGCUUUUCUCAGAAAGACUCUGAGCAAGUUACAGUUAGUUUACAGAAACUGGGAAUUCAAGCAGGAGCGUACCAUGCCAAUAUGGAACCAGAAGAUAAAACCAAUGUUCAUCGAAGAUGGUCAGCCAAUGAAAUUCAGGUAGUAGUGGCCACAGUUGCAUUUGGUAUGGGAAUUGAUAAACCAGAUGUGAGGUUUGUUAUCCAUCAUUCAAUGAGUAAAUCUAUUGAAAAUUAUUACCAAGAGAGUGGACGUGCAGGUCGAGAUGACAUGAAAGCGGACUGUAUUUUGUAUUAUGGCUUUGGAGAUAUAUUCAGAAUAAGUUCAAUGGUGGUGAUGGAAAAUGUAGGACAACAGAAGCUUUAUGAGAUGGUGUCAUAUUGUCAAAACAUAAGCAAGUGUCGCCGUGUAUUGAUAGCUCAACAUUUUGAUGAAGUGUGGAAUUCAGAAGCAUGCAACAGAAUGUGUGAUAAUUGUUGUAAAGACAUUGCAUGUGAAAGAAAGAAUGUAGCAGCACACUGCAGAGAUCUAAUCAAGAUCCUGAAGCAGGCAGAGGACCUGAAUGAAAAGCUCACACCACUGAAACUCAUUGAUUCUUGGAUGGGAAGGGGUGCAGCAAAAUUGAGAGUGGCAGGUGUCGCUCCUCCUAAGCUUCCUCGUGAAGACCUGGAGAAGAUGAUUGCACACCUUCUUCUACAGCAGUAUCUUAAAGAAGACUACAGUUUUACAGCUUAUGCUACCAUUUCAUAUUUGAAAAUAGGACCUAAAGCUAAUCUUCUGAACAACGAGGCACAUGUCAUUACCAUGCAAGUAAAGAAGACCACACAGAGCUGUUUGAGGAUUGAAUCAUCUCAAACUUGUCAUUCUGAAGGAGGUGAUAAAAAAAGGGAAGAAAAAAAUUCAGGUAACUUCCAGAAGUCUGCAAACAUGCUUCAGCAAUCUAAGAAUACAGGGACUAAGAAAAGAAAAAUUGAUGAUGCGUGA